AUGGCGCCUCGUCCGUACCAGUACCAUGUGCCAAACAGCCCGCCAGCCCGCCAGCCCGCCAGCCCGCCAGCCUACCUACACCGCUCCGAGUCCAACGUCGUGUAUCCCGUCAGUCAUCCGUCAGACCAGGCCAGGGUUGCUGUCACACCGUGCACAGCCCGCAGUCCCAAGUGUAUAAGAAACGUGUAA